AUGAUCGCGAUGCCUGAUGAUGUUAUACAUUGCACCGGUGGUGGCUCGUUCAAAUAUGCUGAAUUGAUGCAUAAUUUUCUAGGAGUGCAAGUUCAACGAACAGACGAGAUGACGUCCUUGAUCUUCGGUUGUGAUUUCUUGUUGAGAAACAAUGUAGAUGAAUCAUUCACAUACCAUCAUGAAGCAGUCGGUAUAGAAAAAUAUCAGUACAAGCCGAUUACUGCUGAUUUGAUCUAUCCAUUCUUGCUAGUUAAUAUUGGAACCGGGAUCUCCAUUCUGAAGGUUGAUUCACCAACGCAGUUCCAAAGAGUUGGUGGUAGCUCGAUGGGUGGAGGUGCAUUUAUCGGUCUCGGCAAUCUUCUGACACAAGCACAGAGUUUCGAUGAGCUCUUGCUGAUGGCGGAGAAAGGAGAUCAUCGCAAAUGUGAUACAUUAGUUUGCGAUAUUUACGGUGGUUCUUAUGACAAUCUAAACUUGCCUGCGGACCUGAUUGCCGGCUCAUUCGGAAAGUGUAGUCGAAUGGGCAAACGAAACGCUCGAGGAGAUCAUGAACAAGCUUCUCAACAGGAUAUCGCGAAAUCACUGUUGCUAAUGAUUAGUAAUAACAUUGGACAGAUGGCAAUGCUGUACGGCAUGCGAUUUACUUUGAAACGGAUAUACUUUGGCGGGUUCUUCAUUCGGAAACAUCCGAUUACUAUGCGAACGUUAUCUUAUGCUAUUAAUUAUUGGAGCAAAGGCAACAUGGAGGCUUUAUUCAUGAAACACGAAGGAUAUCUAGGAGCCGUAGGCGCUUUCUUGGACACGAAGGACUCUUAA